UUUACUUGUCGCAUUGGGGUGCAGUUUUCUUUCUUGACGUAAAGUAUAACAAUCGACAAACGUCCUUGGAGUAUUGAAGACAGUCAAACACACUUGCCUGAAGCUUUAUAGUAUUACGUCGUACUUUCUACAAUACGUAUUCUGAAAAAAAUGAAGUUGUUGCUCCUGUUAAUGUUUUUGGCAAUUGCUCUUCCUUCUUUCUGCAAACCUGUUGAAGAAGAAGCGACGGAGAUCGAGUCGAAGAAAACAAAUGAUCAAAAAGUUGAUGCAGUUGAAGAUGAUGAUGAUGCUUUCGAUAAAGAUGAUAUACCAGACCACACUGUUGUAGAGAAACGUGUUGUUGUAAACCAAAGACCUUUCGAUCUUCACAUUGACAUACCACCAUUUUUUGAUCUCAAAUUGUUAACAGGGAGAGACGGACAUAGUCUCGGAAUUGGCGUUUUUCCAGGUUUUAAACCCGUAACAAUCAUUAAAGAGAAAGAAAAGAAUUAAUUAUAAAUUAAACCAAAAUAAAAUAUGGAUCUCUUGCUUGUUUUUAUGUAUUAAAAUUAUAUUAG